AUCACCACCAGUUAUCGUCAUCGAUUGGCAAUGUGUGCACACUACUUGCCAUCCAUGUGGCAUCGUUGUGUUGUUGUUAUUAAUAAGCGGAGCAACAAAAGUCGAAAUUUGGAAACAUGUCCGAGCUAAAUAUGGAGCUAAAGAAACUCAGGGAGCUGGAACUGAAGACCCAAGGCCUUGCCGCCAGAAUACAAACUGCCAAAAAUGGUGAGCAGUUGGACGUCGAUCUUGUUCAACUUCAAAUUGAAAAUAAGAAGUUGAAGAACCGCUUGUUCAUCCUGAAGAAGUCCAUUGCUGAAGAAUCAAAUGCCGGCGGCGGCGCCGCGAAGCUCAAAGAUUCCUCUUCGAUCACUGAGCACCUGGAAAGUGUCUUUGGCCAGGCUAUUGCAUCAGCUUUUCCGGAAUUCAGAGAUACGCCUGUUAUAAUUGCUCCAGUAAAUAGCACGUCUGCGAAAUUUGGCGACUAUCAGUGCAACAAUGCCAUGGGAUUGUCCAAGAAACUGAAAGAAAAGGGCAUUAGUAAAGCACCACGUGAUAUUGCAACCGAGUUAAAAGGACACUGCCCACCAUCGCCACUCAUAGAAAAGCUGGAAAUUGCCGGAGCUGGUUUCGUGAAUGUUUUCCUUAGCAAGGAUUAUGCAGCUUCAGCCUUGAGCAAUCUGUUGCGUAAUGGUGUCAGCCCGCCAGAAGUGAACAAAAGGCGAGUCCUGGUCGACUUUUCAUCGCCCAACAUUGCCAAACAGAUGCAUGUCGGACACUUGCGAUCCACCAUCAUUGGCGAAUCGUUAUGCCGUCUCCUGGAGUUCCUGCAGCACGAUGUGAUCCGCAUCAACCAUCUUGGUGAUUGGGGAACACAGUUUGGCAUGCUGAUUGCCCAUUUGGAAGAUCGUUUCCCCAACUACCUAAAUGAAAGCCCUCCAAUCAGUGAUCUGCAAUUGUUCUACAAGGAGUCUAAGAAGCGAUUCGAUGAAGAUGAGGAGUUCAAAAAGCGUGCCUACAGUCGAGUGGUUUCAUUGCAGAAAGGUGUGCCAAAUUCCAUUAAAGCCUGGGAGCUAAUUUGCAAUGUGUCGCGUAAGGAGUUCCAAACGAUCUACGAACGAUUAGAUAUUAGUAUCAAGGAACGCGGUGAAUCGUUCUAUCAAUCACGUAUGCUGUCCGUUGUGGAAUACUUGCGAGGCAAGGGGCUGCUGGAAGCGGAUGAGGGUCGUGAGAUCAUGUGGCCGGACGAUACGAAAACUGGCAUCCCUCUGACAAUCGUGAAAUCGGAUGGUGGCUUUACCUAUGACACCUCCGAUAUGGCAGCCAUUCGUCAUCGCGUGGAAGAGGAACUUUGCGACUGGAUCAUCUAUGUGGUCGACUCCGGACAGAGCACGCAUUUCAACACCAUUUUCAAAGCAGCCGAACGAUCAGCCAUCCUGAAUCCACUCACUCAUCGUGUUGACCACGUACAGUUUGGCGUCGUUCUGGGCGAGGAUGGCAAGAAGUUCAAGACUCGAUCGGGUGAUACGGUUAAGCUGGCCGAUUUGCUGGACGAGGGAAUGAAGCGAUCACUGCUGCAAUUGGAGAGUCGUGGCCGCGAUAAGGUCCUCACUCCACAAGAACUGAAGGACGCCCAAGAGUCGCUGGCAUACGGAUGCAUUAAGUAUUCGGAUUUAUGUCACAACCGAAUCAGUGACUAUAUAUUUUCGUUUGAUAAGAUGCUGGAGGAUCGCGGCAACACUGCGGUGUACUUACUCUACACCUACACACGUAUAUGCUCCAUUGCACGAAACUGUGGCGAAGAUUUCUCCAAUCUGCCUGAAAUACUGAAGAAGACCAACAUUGUGUUGGCCCACGAAAAGGAAUGGAAACUAGCAAAGACUCUUUUGAAACUCCACGACAUACUCAUCAAGUGCUCAAGGGAACUCUUCCUGCACUUCUUGUGCGAGUUCUGCUUCGAGGUAUGCACCGUGUUUACCGAAUUCUAUGACUCUUGCUAUUGUAUUGAAAAGAACAAACAAGGCGAUAUUAUCGCGGUAAAUCAUAGCCGAAUUCUCCUGUGCGAGGCAACUGCGGCUGUGUUGCGCCAAUGCUUUUAUAUAUUAGGCCUUAAACCAGUUUCGAAAAUGUAAAAAGUUCUACUACUGACAUCAUAUAUACACAAAUAAAAUGAAAAAUU